GUGUCAGCCAGUUCAGUGUAUGGCGUUAUAUAGUAAUGUAGGAUAUUAUGGGUAUUUCCACUUCUUCCUGGUAGCCAUAUUGUGUUGUUGUGGCUAUGACAUUUUGGUGGUUACGUCUUCGUUCGCAGCCGCUAAUGUGAGAUUAUGUAACCAACUUUACCAGUAAAAGUACUUUAGUGAUGUCUUUUACAUCCAGUGACUCGUGACUAAGCACAUGCAACCUGGGCUUGUCACGGUACACACCAUGGAUCAUUGAUGGUUAAAGCAAGACAGUUUCGUCCUCAAAUGGAAGGUGCGAUUGGAGGCCUGUUGACAGAGGGAGAAUCGAUCGCCUCGACCACAGAAGAUCAAGGUGUCCCAAGUGAAGAGAGGACAGUUGUCAUCUACAUGGUUGGUGCAAGUAAACACGCCGACGAAGUGGAAGCAUCAUUCAGAAACAACGGUAGAAGUAUACAGCGACUCCAGUAUGACAAUGCCGAGACAUUCAAAGAGGCCAUCAAUACAGACUGUUCACGUAUGAUUGUCCUGAUUGAGGAACAGUUUUCUAAACUGUUGGAAGAUGAAUACAGGAUCUGCAAAAGUACUCUUAAAGAUCUUGUAGAAGCUGGAAAGGAUGUUCAAUUAAUCAGUGUUUUGGACAAUAAGGAAACCCAUCUGGAAGUGAAGUAUAAGCUUCCUGAAGCCAUGAGAGAAAACUUUGUUCAUCAUACGCAGAUUCCCAAAAGUACCAAUGGCUAUGUGGCUCUUGAGGAUGACCUUACAUCAGCGGCACAGGUUGGCAAUAACAACCGUAUUGAAGUCAAACCCGGUGCUGACAACAUAGACGCACUGCAAGUGGGGACAAGUAACACAUUUUCCACAUCCAGUGAUCGUCCUCUAUCAGCGGCACAGGUUGGCAACAACAACCAUAUUGAAGUCAAGACAGGUCCUGACAACAUCGACACACAGCAAGUGGGGAGAAGUAACGCAUUCUCCGUAUCCAGUGAUCGUCCUCUAUCAGCGGCACAGGUUGGCAACAACAACCAUAUCGAAGUCAAGGCAGGUGCUGACAACAUCGACACACAGCAAGUGGGGAGAAACAACACAUUUUCCGUAUCCAGUGGUCCUUCGGUUCAGGGCAUCAAGUUGACCAUAGAGGCAACCGAUGGAUUAUGCGUUCAAAUCAAGAAUCACAUCGACAGAAAUAUUCCUCACAUCAACGUCCUCCUGAAACCACUGAACGCCAGGGUUGAGUCCACAGAUUUAGGAUCUGUCAUCAUCAACGUCACGGUGGAGCCUGGAACAAAACUUGGACCAGUUUGGCUAAGGGAAGUCAUCACUAAGAUCCUGUCUGAAGACAUCUUUGCUAAACUGCCAAAAGGUACCCGGAUGGAAGUCUGCAUCAGUGCAUCUCUUCCACUCACCCCUCUGGACGUGGAUAUAUUCGGAACAAGCAUUGAGGCGGUUAACAGAGAUGGAUACACACCACUACAUUGUGCUGUCGCUACGAAGAACUUGGAGAUAGUUGAACUCUUUGCAGAAAAGUUUGGAAAUAAAGAGAGUAAUCCUACAUCCUGCAACCCUACAGACAUAUCAUAUCUUACAAAACUCAUGGUCAAACAUGGAGCAGACGUCAACGCUCUCAACAAAGAAAACCUCACACCAUUACAAGUGGCUGCUUCGUGGCAAAGUUUUGAUGUUGUGGCAGUUUUACUUACUGAAGGCGCGGACGCGAAUGUUGUCGAUACAAAUGGUCAAACACCACUGCACCAUGUAUUUGGGUCAAACCAGAAAACUGGUGCAGUUACUAAGACACACAGACUUAAGGAAGCACCGAGAAUAAGUCAUGUUGGGCCCCAAUCUGUAGAUACAGAUAAACCUGAUAAUGAUGGAGCUGGUGAAGCUCAAUCUUCAAAGUUUGACAUACUAGAUAGUGAAGGUAAUACUCCACUCCACAGUGCAGUCAAGGGAGACUUCACACAAGGAGCUAUCACUCUAGUGAAAGCUGGGGCAAGUGUAACUACCAAGGACAAUGUCAUGGACACCCCCCUCCAUAUACUUGCGAGAAAUACAAACAUGAUGAAUACUAACAGCGAAACUGAUGCAGUAAUGAAGCUUAUUGAAUGCAGCAGAGAUAUCAAUGUUAAAGAUAACAGUGGUAAUACACCUUUGAUGGUGGCCGUCGAGAUGAACAAAGACAUCUCACCGCUGCUCAAAGCUGGAGCUGAUGUCAAUGCUAAAAAUGUACAUGGCGAUGCAUCACUAAUCAUAGCUGUUCAAAGGGACCAUGUGAAAAUGGUAGAAACAUUAAUAAAGGCCGGAUCUGAUGUGAACACGAGCAACUCAUGUGGUGAUACAGCUUUGAUGAUAGCUGUAGAGAGGGGAUGUAAGGAAAACAUUUUAGCAAUACUCCAAUGUGGGGCGGAUGUCAAUGCUAAAAAUGUACAUUUUGGUGAAACAGCGCUCCACAAAGUUGCUGAGCAUGCAAUGUCAAAGCAAGCGGUACAUGCGAGAAGAAACGGUGAGGAAAAAGGUAAAACACCUUCAAGUCCAUUCAACAUUAGUCAGGAUAUUGCAGACAUUGUUGAAACUCUUCUCAAGGCUGGAGCCGACAUCAAUGCCAAAGAUGACAAAGGUAAAACACCUCUGAUGACUGCUAUAGAGGGGAUUUCAAAGCAGAGAGAGGGAGAAAGUAACCUCAUCCCACAAUUAAUUGCUAGGGGAGCUAAUGUGAACGCUCAAGAUUCGGUUGGUCAGACGCCCUUGAUGAUGGCUGUAGCAGCAGGACAUGAUAUCUCACCACUACUCACAACUGGGGCAGAUGUCAAUUCAAAGAAUAAAUCUGGUAAAACAGCACUGCAUUUUGUCUCUCGAAACCGUCAUGGCUUUGACACAACAAUCAUCCAAAAACUGAUUGCUGCUGGAGCUGACGUCAGUGCUCAAGAUAAUGACGGUAACACGCCCCUGAUUAUGGUUGUAAAAGCAGGACAUGAUGUCUCACCACUACUCACAGCCGGGCCGAAUGUUGACUUAAAGAAGAAAUCUGCCUUUUGUUCAAUAGCCUAAAACGUUUUGCGACAUUCUGUAAGAACAUUCUGUUCACCUGAUGAACGCAGAGUUUUGUGCAAACGUUUUGCAAAAUGGCGUUAUCUUUAGAAGAACGUGUAGUUCUCAGUGAAUUAGCAGAGGGAACCUGCCUGCUACCUGCUGUGAACAUUGCAAGGAUAUCAUCCUUAACAUCAACUAUAACGCUGGGUAUGUGUUUGACAACUCAAGAGCAAACAGCAAGUGUGAAGGGCUACGUUGAAACAGUAAUUCCAGAAUACAGGGACUUCGAUUUCAGAUCACAUUUCAGGAUGAAAAGAUCGACGUUUCAGGUACUAGUGACACUAAUUUUAUUCGGACAAAAGAAUUCAUCAUCAUCAUCAUCAUAAAAAAACACAUUCCAAACUGGAGUAUAUUUAGAACAUGCCAAAUACUAUUUGGACAAGAGGAAACCAACUGCAUUAAAUUGGGUUAACAAAUCUUAUUAGUUGAAGUUUAACUAUUUCCAUACUGGUAGGGUAAUAUUACUGGCAGAUCCCAUAGAAUAAUAAUUUAGCCAGCAUGGAAAGGGUUAAAGAAUCUACUGAGCCAGUAGUAUGAGUACUGUUUCUUGUUGUAGGACCUUUGUGAACCAAUUGCACCACUGUUACCCGAGAGAACACUGACUGCAGAACGAAAGCUACUGUCAACUUUGUAGCUACUUGCCAAUCAGGAAUCCUAUCGUGGUAUUGCCGACAGGUUUGGUUUGAGCAAAGGAUCCCUGCAUGUUAUUGCUCUCAGUGUCUGUCGAGCAAUUUCUUCAACAGUCAAGGAAUAUGUAAAGUUGCCAACUCUCGAUGGACUAGGGGCUGUGGCUGAAGGAUUUUCCAAACGGUGUGGAUUCCCUAAAGUUAUUGGUGCCAUUGACGGUACUCAUAUUCCAAUCUCUGGUACAUCCUGUAAUAGAGAUGCAUUCAUCAACAGGAAGGGUUACUCGAGCAUGCAGUUACAGGUCGUUUGCGACGCCAAACUGCAGUUCACCGACAUUUAUGUAGGCUGGCCUGGGUCGGUUCAUGACUGCAGAGUUUUCAAGAACAGCCCAUUAAGACGCAAACUUGAGCAAGGAUAUUUGCAGCAUGUCUGUUGCAUAAUUUUAUUCUCAUGAGGGAAAUGUUUUAUGAUGACAUUAUUGGUGAUGACGAUCACCAGGCAGAUGAGUUGAUCGAUGAAGAGGCACAACUCGAGGGGUUGCCACCUGAUGCUGUUGCAAAGAGGAAUGACAUUGCCCUUCUCCUGUAGAUUUAAUCUGUGUUUUCAAGACCCUUAACUCAUGGUGACACUGCCAUGCC